AUGAUGACAUCCAACAUCGCAGAAUCCUUCAACGCUGCACUAAAAGCUGCAAGAAAUCUCCCUAUUGAUAUCUUGGUUGAAUGUCUUAGAAGUUUGGUUCAAAAGUGGGUUUGGAACAAUUCAAAUAAUGCAAAUGGAACAUUCACAAAAGUGUCUACAGCAACAGAAAAUGAGUUGAGAGAUGACAUUGUUUCAAAAAUGAAGUAUGAGGUCUUGCCUUUCAACCCAAUAGAAUAUCAAGUUCGUGAUGAAAAGGGGACCAAUUUCACAGUAAAUAUACACAAUAGAACAGGUACAUGUAAUAGGUUUCAAGAAGAUGAAAUGCCUUGUGGGCAUGCAGUAGCUGUAAUUGAAAAGAGAAACUUGGGAGUGUAUGAUUACUAUGCAAAGUUUUACAAAACAGAAACUUUGAAAGCAAUGUAUGAAGAAAAUGUUCAUCCUUCACCCCCAUAA